UUGGAAUAGUAGGUCAUUAACCGACCAGGGACCAAUGAAUGAAGAUGAGGUGCAAAGGUUGGAUUAUUCAUGAAUAAUCAAAAGGUGGGAUUAUUGAAAGAAGACCGCUAAAAGGUUGGAUUAUUAGUUUCCAUUUUCCCUAAAAAUAACAACAAAAUUGAGGCUUGUGGGAAUCGAACCCAGGCUCAAUCAUUUCCCUUCCAUGUUCCAAAAUGCAAACCACUCCACCAGAAUAACGAGAUAUCAUUUCAAUUGCUAUUACGGUUAUUAUUAUGUAUAGAACUAAACUUCAAUAUAAGUAAAUGAAAAUACAAAAUCUACCUCCGUUCCAAUUUUUUUUUCUAAGUUAACAUUAUUAUCAAUGGAUGUUAAAGUUCAUUUCUAUCUAUUAAUAAAUAAUUCAUUUUUUUGCCAAAAAAAGAAGAAAUUAAUUCAAAUUUUAAUAAUUAAAAUUUACAUAUUUAGAAAAUACAUUAAAAUUUGUUAAAUGUUCCACACCGGAAAAGUUUGAAUGAAACGAGUGCUAUAUUAAGGUCUGGGCUACUCCUCCUAACAGGUUGACCUUUUAGGAUGGAACCCCGGAUCUUAACAAAAUUUCUAUAAAUUUAUAUAAUUCAAAUUAAAAUAUAAUCAAGAAUUUAUGUCAUAAUCAAAUGAAUAAAAUGAAACGGUUUGAUCUAGAAAAAAUUAAAUUUGCAAUUCAAUUUGGGGCGGAAGAAUAUAACUAUAGUAAUAAUAGUAAUAGUAAUAGUAAUAGUAAUAGUAAUAAUAAUAAUAAUAAGAAUAAGAAUAAUAAGAAUAUGAAUAAGAAUAUGAAUAAGAAUAAGAAUGUUAUCUAUAUAUAUUAAUCCGCUUAAGUGCGUUUCCCGCUCAUGACUAGGGACAUUUGCGUAAAUACGACUAAUCUCUCUACUCUUCCGAAUCAGACUCGCGUUUUCUUUAGCGUCUGGAAAUUAGCCUAGCUUUGAGAAUUUGAUAAUGCCAGAGUGAUAUACAUUCUGUCUAUUUUGUGAAGAUGGCUCUUUUUUUCUUCCCUUACAUUGUUAAAGAAAUUGCUAACCUCCGAAGACUACCAAGAUUAUAAACCAGUUACUGCAGACCUAUAUGCUUGACAAAGUGUAGGCAAAAGAACAAUUUUUGACAAUUUUAUACAAUCUUUUUUCUAAUUUCUCGGUGUACUACAUAAAGAUAGUGAGUGCUGUAAUGGGUGAUAUGCAUAUUAGUCUUUGAAUAUAUCCACUUCUGAAGUUUCUUGGGCUGCUAUUCAUGUUUCACAAAUUCAUAUUAAUGGUUCACCACUUAAAAGGCGCUGGAACUUCUUAAAAAGACAUAAAUUAGUAUUUGUUAAAUGAUUACCAGACACUUUAGUUAUGGUGUCACACAAUAGGAUUUAAGUUUUGGUAGAAAGAGUUAGAGGCAUAAAGAAGUGACAGAGUGGUUGGCGUUAAUAUCCCUUUUACUCUUUUUUAUAUCAAAUUUUGCUUUGUACUAAAAAUUUAUAAUUCUGGUGUAUCCUAUAGGUAGUUAAGGAGUUAUGGUGAGAAAUUCGAUUAAUACGAAGUAUAUAGCAUGAUGAUGCUACUUCUCCAUCUAUGGAUAAUAGAUAUACUUAUGUUUGAAUAUAUCUUUUUCUCAAGUUUAGUGUAGUAAUGAGCAUAAAUGAGUUAAUAUGCUAAGAACAUUUUGCUUUCUCACAAUGCAUAACAGCAUAAGCAAUCAAUUUAUGCAUUGAUAUGUUUGUGUAUAUUUACCCCUAUAUGUUUGAGUAUGUUCUACCCCUAUAAGCAAUCAAUUGUGUAUUUUGAAAAUCUAUUGUCUGGGCAUAUGUAAGAUAAGUAGCAUACCUAUAAAGAAAAUCACCAGGUUCAGAUAUUUUAAUGGAUGUUUGUCAAUUAUUUUGUUAAUUAUUUACUUCAUGACAAAGAACCACACCAGGCCCAAAGCGGUAAAAUAUGGUGAAUCUUUGAGAGAUACGAUAAAAUGAAGAGUUUAAUGUAUCUUCUAAGUAUUUAUUAUUCACUUAUUCAUUUAUAAUACUUUCCUUUUUAUGUUUCUUUUAUUAAAUGUUUUGAUGUUUUGAUCACUCCCAGGAGUCGCAGACAAGAGGAAUCUGCUGCGAUUGCCACCGUACUUAGAUUCUCCGAUGGGUGUGGUGGAAUAGCAGGUGGCAGUGGUGGAUUUGACGCUCUAGCGGCGUCCGGUGCUGAAAAGCUCCAUUUUUCCUUUUCCCCUGUGUGCAAAUGGACUGUCCCUAGCAAUGGCAUUUCAUUUUUUUGCAAUGCCUGCUCUUUUUUUUUAGAUCUAUAAGAUUACUUUUCUAAUUGUUGUAAGUAACCACUUCAUUUUAAAAAAAUCUGGAAAUUGUUAUUUUGCAGUUAAACAACAGUUUUGUGCUUAUUCACUUUCAUUUGUAGUAUUUUCUUCUUUUUUAUUCAAGUGGUAAGAGAUGAUGAAUCCUUGAGAGAUAGGAUGAAGUGAAGAGUUUAAUGAAUCUUUUAAGUAUUCGUUAUUCACUUAUUCAUUUAUAAUACUUUUUUAUGCUUCUUUUAUUACAUGCUUUGAUUACUUUUCAUUUCUUUGAAGUGAAUGUGGUAUGGUAAGAAUUAAAAAUGCAUUUUUAUAUAAUGAUUUCUCUCCUAUGAUUAUAGAACUUACUACUGAAAGAAAAAAAUGCAAUAUGUGGCCUAAUUCAUUUUCUUAACUUCUUGGGAAAAGAUUUCUAACCCAUAAAUGAUAGAGUAGAACUUGAUUUCAUAUUAAUCACUUUCAAAUUGUUUUGUCCUUAAAACAUUCUUAUUGUCUAUAUUCAUGAUGAGCAUUUACAUUUCCUGAAAAAUGAAAUUUAGUUCCAAUUAUAUGGAAAGGUAAUUCUUCCUCCCUUUGCAAUCUUUCCUUUUCCCUUGGUUCUAUUUUUGAGACCUCACUAAAUUUCUGAGUAGGAAAUUAGGAAUAGGUAAAGGUGUUAAAACUGGAUGCUUAGAAUACAUACUAGACUUCCGAAACUGCAAUUUAAUAAAAUAAGCUCAUGCUCCAUUAUUUCAGAUUCUAUGUAUCCGGCUUUAACUAUGCAUAACAUUCAAUUGCCCACCUCUUCCUAUCUAUUUUGACUUCAGCCAUCCCAAGCAACUGCCUUGAGUGAUUCAGAGGUUUCCAUCUCAAUAUAUUUCACAAUUAUUGGUUACUAUUUUCUAUGUGACCUAUAUUAGAUUUUAAAACUCCAAAACUUUAUGAAGAAUGUCAAUAAGCAAAGGGAUGAAACAGCAAGGUCAACUAAAGAGUGAAAAGUGCUUCUUUAUUCUUAGUCCUUUUGUUUAGUUUGUAAUGUUAUUCUUGCUAUUUCCUUCUUUUAAGGUUGUGAUUUGAGAACUCUAAGAUUAUUAUUGGUAAUGCAGCUUUGAUAUAUAAUACAGAGUACAUACUACAAUUAGAGUUUCCUUUUUGAGAUUUAAAUGUUUGUCUCUUUUACUUUUUUAGAGGGUUUCAUUUUAAUAAAUAGCAUAAUACACGCUUUUGUGCUCUGCUUGGGUUCUUAUAAUUAACAAAAAAUUGCUACUCCAUGGGAUAAUAAGAGGUGCAUCACAAAUCUAAUAGCAUGUGGCUAUCAUGAUAAACUUGAUCAUAUUCUAUUUUUAAAAUUCCCGUAGAACAAUAAGCAUUUGGUUAUAUCCUGAUAAUUACAGUGUUCCUUGAAAAGAAUAAUAGGAGAUGGAAAUGUUAUACGAUCCCCUGUUGUGAAAUGAAUAAGAAAAAAAAAUGGAUGGCAAUUGGAGACCUGUUUCGAAUGAAGAAUUUGAGUUUCCGUUAACUAUUCCAGAAUUGGCUAUGAAUGAAGGUGAACUGGUGAAGUGUCUGAAAAGGAUGAAUUUGGUGGGCAGACAUAUCUGGCCAUAUCUGGCCGUAAGUGAAUUACGAAGAGGGAUUCGAGUAGUUCCUCUACAUGACAGUGACGGGGUGAAGUGUGGUUCGAUUAAGCUGCUAAUGUAUUUUGAUUUUGUGUGGCCUUUUUAGCAGCUUUUUUAUGUAAUGAUAAUGUAAUGUAGACUCUAGAAUUUGAGUUUGAGUUUUCCAUUACCAUUUUUCGUUUUGUUUGAUGUUGUUACGAAUUGGUUGGUGUUUGUUAUAAAUGAACUAAAAGAAAGGCAAUAUUAAAAUGCCAAAUCAAAUGUGACAGACAAAUUUAUAAGACAAAAUUAGGAAAGGAAAUUAUUAAUUAAUGGGAAUCUUGUGUUUAUCACAUUAUACGAAGUUAUUAGUUAGUUGAUAUAAUCAUGUCAUUCUUGAAAUUGCUAUGUCAGGUCCAUGGCUAAUUUGCUACAUGUUCACGUAUAAUACGGAGUAAUAUAAUACUAUGUAGUAUUGUGGUAAUAAUACUUGACUAAUGCAAAAUAGAUCUCAAAUGAUGAUUUAGUCGUAACUUUAUAAAUUUCAGCAGAAUCGACCGAUUCAGCCAAUUUCAAUGUUACCAACGCAUGCUCUAUGCGUACUUAAAAUAUCCGGUUCUAUAUAUUUAGUUCAGUGUAUGUUUUAUGUUUGCUUAUUUUUACUUCAUAAUUUGUAUAAAUUUCACAUAUCCCGAUGAUCUCAAGUAACUUUUGGAAUACGCUGUUUCCCGUGCAACGCACGGGUAAAAGACAAGUUGUUGAGUUUAAUCCAACACGAUAUAGUAAAUAUAUGUAUGAACACUCAGUUUUUACGUGGAAACCCGAAAGGGAGAAAACCACGGGACUUUUUAGGCUAAUGUCCAAGCCCUCUCUUUCUCAUUAGGACUCUCCUCACCAUUACAAAGUACAUUUUGAGCUCCAUUUAUGGAGUAUUGAGCUAGCUAGAGAGAAAGAAGGAAGAAGAAGCUAAAAGAGGAUCCUUUUACAUGGAGGGAAACCUCCUAUUUAUAGGGAAUAGGGGGAAAGGAGGCUCUCCACCCUAACGGGCCGAAUGGGCCAAAAUGGGCCCAAAGGCCGAAACAGGCCUGAAAGGCUAAAAUGGGCCUUACUGAUUGGGCUCCGUACUACGUAAAGUCUUGGGCUCCUGAACAGUAAUAGGCCGGGAUAAUAUAUCCCAACACAAGUCCCCCAGUUUCUUGAGUAGUGAGCGUGCGAAUCUGCUCGAGAAAAUAUACUCUGCCUGCGCUCUUCCUCUGUCUUGCUGGAAACUAUGUCUUCACAUAAUCAUAAUAUAUGAGUGAGUGUCUGUACUCCUGAAUGUAAUCUACCAGUGAGGCACCCCCCUUUCCGACAUGGUCGGGCGAAGGGUGCUCCUCCACGGGCACACUCCCCCUGAAUGCAUCAGGCGGGAGUAAAGCACUCUGACUCGAGCUUUCCAAUCGGAGAAGCUUAGAGGUUCAUGCAUCAAUAAACCGACGUCGUGGUACUGUCAAGACACGAUGCACGUGUGUAUGUAUGAAUGUAUGAGUUAUGAUGCAUGAAUGCAUGAAUGCAUGUAAUGUAUGGGUGCAAUGUAUGAGAGAAGGAAUGUGAGAUGGGAUAGAAAGCGGUGGCUCUCAUCGAUAAACCGGGCAUGUCAGCGCCGAGAGGCAGACGUGCUGCAUAAGAGACGUUCGUCGCCAUCCUGGAAGGGAUGGGCGACCCUAACGUGAGCCAGACACGAUGGCGCUGAAGCGCUGAUCGUGCUGCAUAAGAGACGUUCGUCGCCAUCCUGGAAGGGAUGGGCGACCAUAACGUGAGCCAGACACGAUGGCGCUGAAGCGCUGAUCGUGCUGCAUAAGAGACGUUCGUCGCCAUCCUGAAAGGGAGGGGCGACCCUAACGUGAGCCAGACACGAUGGCGUUGGGGCGCUGAUCGUGCUGCAUAAGAGACGUUCGUCGCCAUCCUGAAAGGGAUGGGCGACCCUAACGUGAUCCAGACACGAUGGCGCUGGGGCGCUGAUCGUGCUGCAUAAGAGACGUUCGUCGCAAUCCUGAGAGGGAUGGGCGACCCUAACGUGAGCCAGACACGAUGGCGCUGGGGCGCUGAUCGUGCUGCAUAAGAGACGUUCGUCGCCAUCCUGAAAGGGAUGGGCGACCCUAACGUGAGCCAGACACGAUGGCGCUGGGGCGCUGAUCGUGCUGCAUAAGAGACGUUCGUCGCCGUCCUGAAAGGGAUGGGCGACCCUAACGUGAGCCAGACACGAUGGCCCUGGGGCGCUGAUCGUGCUGCAUGAGAGACGUUCGCCGCCAUCCUGAAAGGGAUGGGCGACCCUAACGUGAGCCAGACACGAUGGCGCUGGGGCGCUGAUCGUGCUGCAUAAGAGACGUUCGUCGCCAUCCUGAAAGGGAAUGGGCGACCCUAACGUGAGCCAGACACGAUGGCGCUGGGGCGCUGAUCGUGCUGCAUAAGAGACGUUCGUCGCCAUCCUGAAAGGGAAUGGGCGACCCUAACGUGAGCCAGACACGAUGGCGCUGGGGCGCUGAUCGUGCUGCAUAAGAGACGUUCGCCGCCAUCCUGGAAGGAGUGGGCGACCCGAACGUGAAAGAGACACGAUGGCGCUGAGAAGCCGAUCGUGCUGCAUAAGACGGUCGUCGCCAUCCUGGAGGGUAUGGGCGAGCCGAACCGUGAAGCCAGGUACGAUGGCGUUGGGGCGCUGAUCGUGCUGCAUAAGAGACGUUCGUCGCCAUCCUGAAAGGGAUGGGCGACCCUAACGUGAGCCAGACACGAUGGCGCUGGGGCGCUGAUCGUGCUGCAUAAGAGACGUUCGUCGCAAUCCUGAGAGGGAUGGGCGACCCUAACGUGAAAGAGACACGAUGGCGCUGAGAAGCCGAUCGUGCUGCAUAAGACGGUCGUCGCCAUCCGAUGGGAAUGGGCGAGCCGAACCGUGAAGCCAGGUACGAUGGCGCUGAGGGCCCGAUCGCAUUGCAUAAGACGGUCGUCGCCAUCCUGGAGGGAAUGGACGAGCCGAACCGCGAAUCUGGACACGAUGGCGCUGAGGGGCCGAUCGUGAUGCAUAAGACGUUCGUCGCCACCCUGGAAGGGAUGGGCGAGCCGAACCGUGAAUCUGGACACGAUGGCGCUGAGGGGCCGAUCGUGAUACAGAAAAGUAGUGAUGAUCAUCUUAUGGCCCUCGGCCUGUCGGUGAGUGGUAAUCGUCUCACGACCCUCGGCCGUGCUGGUGAUGUGUCAAGUCUCUCUCCUGAUUGGCUGUGAGAAGCCGAUCGUCUGCCAGGACUCCAUCCGGGAAGGAACGGUGAGCCUGAAAUAAAUCUGGGCGAUGUCCCUCCUGUCUGAUCUGGGGAGCUGGUAUUCGUCGUUUAAGACAAAAGAAAACCUGAUGUUAGCCGAUCGUCGUCGGCCACCUCAUUCUUUGUACUUAAGUUUUGUAAUUAUUCUUUUACAUAUGUUUUUCAGUUUGUACUUCCCGGCUAAUAGCGCCGAGGGAUAAAAUCAUUCUUUGCUCCGUGCUCUUCUGGCAUCUUUUUUUUUUUGGAGUCUUUUAGUCUUCGUUCGUCAUUGGUCCUUGGUCCCACCGGCGUUCUUACAUCGAAGAGACGUUCGGUAUCCGCGGACAUCGCAAUGAGGAACAGGUAUAUCUACAUCGAGAUUCCCCCUUUUUCGUUCGUCCGUGGUCCUUUUAGUCUUACCGGCGUCUCUUGCCUCGAAGAAGACGUUCGGUACCCAAGGAACUCGCAGGGACGAACUGGUAUAUCUACAUCGAGAUUCCCCCUUUUUCGUUCGUCCGUGGUCCUUUUAGUCUUACCGGCGUCUCUUGCCUCGAAGAAGACGUUCGGUACCCAAGGAACUCGCAGGGACGAACUGGUUUACCCUCACGGGUUCCCGACUUUGUUAUCCCACGUCCAUCGAUCCAUGGUCAUUGUGGGAUAAACAGGUUUAUCUUGGCAAAGCUCCCUUGGUUCGUCUAGCCCCCUCCGCGUCUCUACUAACCUCUACAUCGAGAGGCGUUCGUCUUCGGCGGUGGGAGAAGAUCUGGCACGCCCGGGCAAGAUUCCCUUCCACAUAGGAGCUACCCUCCUCUUCUCCCCAUCUUUUUUUUUUGUUUGGGGGAGGCAAUCUAUAUUCUUCGUUCGUCAUUGGUUCUUGGUCCUACCGGCGCUCUUGCUUCGAAGAGACGUUCGGUAUCCGCGAAACUCACAAGGAGGAACGGGUUUAUCUACAUCGAGAUUCCCUAGCUCUUCUUUGUCCAUCCCUGGUCCGUGGUCCUACCGAUCUUCCUACAUCGAAGAAGACAUUCGGUAUCCAAGAAACUCGCAGGGAUCACGGGAUGUCACACAUAAUGGUGGUGGCAUAGCGAACGAAUAUAAUGACGAGGCGAUAGAAUAGCUGGUCGUCAUGCGAAGGCCCUGGUCACCCUCCUGGAGGGGAGUCGUGAGCCCGAUCGCAAACUCAAGAGGGUCGGCAUUGGGAGCCGACAAACAAUGAUCAUAAUGCCGCUGAGCAGUCGGUCCUGAUAAGGAGAUGACAAUAGUGUCUCAUCAGGCCGAUAUAUCCAGCAACGGCUCUCAUCCACGCAGCGCGGGGAUGAAACCGGUCUUCAAAAGAUAAUAUGUCGUGCCGAGAGGCCAAACAUAACAUGAUAGUGUCGGCAGUGAGAGGCCGACCUGAAAGAAUCAAACAAUGGUCCUCGUCCGCGAUGUGGCGGGGACGAGGCCGGUCUUCAAAAGAUAAGCACGCCAAGCCGAGAGGCCGGUCGUGGUAUGAUGAUGUCGGCGAUGAGAGGCCGAACAUGAUGUGAUAGUGUCGGCACUAAGGGGCCGACCCGCAAUCCAGCAACGGCUCUCAUCCGCGCAGUGCGGGGAUGAGGCCGGUCUUCAAAAGAUAAACACGCCGAGCCGAGAGGCCGGUCGUGAUAUAAUGAUGUCGGCAACGGUAGACCGAUCUGAAAUCAAGCAACGGUCCUCAUCCGCGCAUCGCAGGGACGAGGCCGGUCUUCAAAUAAGACAAUCAUGUCGUGCCGAGAGGCCGGUCGUGAUAUAAUGAUGUUGGCAAUGAUAGGCCGACCUAAAAUCCAAGCGACGGUCCUCAUCCGCGCAGUGCGGGGACAAGGCCGGUCUUCUAAGGAUAAGCACGCUGACCCGAAAGGCUGGUCGUGAUAUAAUGAUGUCGGCGGUGACAGGCCGACCUGAAAGAAUCCAGUAACGGUCCUCGCCCGCGCAGCGCGGGGACGAGGCCGGUCUUCAACAUGAACAUGCCGCGCCGAGAGGCCGGUCAUGCUGUGAUGAUGUCAGACGGCCCUCGGCCGUGACAAUCUCCUCUAGGCCCUCGGCCUCAGAAUGAUGGGUGACCGUCUCACGAUUCUCCGUCGUGGUAGUCCCCUCUAGACCCUCGGCUACAAGGUGUUCUUUCCCGAGCCAUCGGUCUCCGGGGUGGGGGUGUUCGUCCCACGGUUCUCAACCUUGGUGGUCUCCUCUUUAGCUGGCCAUGAACGUCUUCGAGGCUCAGGCCGAGCGUCUUUUAAUCAUUUUGCUCGAGCGCGUCAAGUGGCUCCAACUGCGCAAUAAGCAUGGUAACGGCCGCACGGCCCAACAAUAUGUAUACACACAUAGCCAUUUGCAUGGCUUUCUCUUUAACAUCCACGAUUACCGGCCUAUGGGUCGUCGUGACCCUCGGCCCGGCUCAUCGUGCGGGGUCAAUGGACGUAGCAGCUCGCGGCGGGGCCAAUUAGCAGCCCGCCGAACGUCACACAAAAAUAUUCAUCGGUCUGUGAGUUUUCAAACUCAGACCCAAGUUAGUCGCACUGCCCUCGGAAAAACGAGGUUGAGUGCUUUGCUGCCCUCGGGCCCCAUAGGCCACGUUUGGCAAUAGUCACUUCGCGCCUAGCGGCGCGGAUAGUUCUGGGGUACGGUCGUCGAUCGGGCACGUAGUGCCGUGUGGACUAAUGUGCAACCCUCCAAUUAAAAUGCGUCGUCGGGGCAUCGCCCUUCUGGGGACGCUCGGAUCACCUAAUCAAGCUGAUCGAGAGUGGGCCAACAGGCCCCACAAAAAAUUAAAUAUCCAAUAAAAAUAUUGGCCGAACUAAUUAUCACUAGAGUUUCGCUCCGCAUUAUUUAAUUCGGGACAUUUUUAUCCCUAAUAAAUAAUAGUGAUAUAACCGGUAACAGUAAUGAUACUUUCCUAUCAAAGGCCAUUCAAGUAUACUCCGUUCGCUAAUCAAAGUCGUUCAGGAGCGGGCCGACGGGCCCACAACAACCAGUCAUUAAUUAAAAUGAUGGUUAAAAAUAACUUAUCACUAGAGCUUUACUCACUUGAAUUUUGCUCGACAUUAUUUAAUUUCGGGAUACUUAAAUCCCUAUUAAAUAAUGAUGAUCACAUAUUAACCAGUAGCAAGAAAAUUACUCUGUAGCAUCAAUAAAUAAAUGUACCGACUUAAGGUGUGGGUACUUAGCUUUAUGGAGGUUCGGCCAUGUGAUGCCAUGUAGUAGUGAAAAAUGAGCUACUUGAGUAUUUUCCCCAUCUUGUCUUGGUCAAAGCUCCUCCCAUAAAGUUGGCCCCCCAUUGCUUGGCCUUAGACUUGCGGACGUGGUCUGCCUUAGACCAAGGCAUUGUAUACGGAGCAUAUCAUUUAGACAAGGCAGGUGGAGCACCCUCCUACCAAUCCGGACGCAGUUCGUACUUGCCGACCACUUUCUGCCGAUAGAGAUGGUGGUCGCGGCAGAGCAAGGACAGCCCGAGCGGCUAGUCUCUAGUACCUCCCGUGAGCUAUACACCACUGUUAACGGCCGGAAUCCCAGAACUCCCAGCCGGGAGGUACCUCGAGGCACGUCGGCAGGGUGGUGGAGGCUCUCACGGCCUCAGAGCAGGUGAUGGAGUGGCCUGCGGUUGGUGAGCAACUGUGUUGCAGGUGCUGCGGGAUCUGGAGUGCUGCAGCGGCUUCGUUGGCUGCAGGUGAACACAGUGGAGGGUCCACGGCGGUCGGGGAUGGUGACGGCGGCUCCGGUAACCCCAACCCAGCUCUAGGAAAACCCCGACUUGACUCCCAGACUUCACCAUCUCCUGCUUUCUUCUUGCUCGGUCAAUUGGGCAGGUGCUGCUGACAGCCACAUUCUUGCCUCAGAUCCGGAGCUUCCCAAGGCCAAAGCUCCAGAAUUUUUCCUUUCUUUUUGCUGAAAUCAUUUUUCUUUCUCUAGAAUUUCUUCUUCCUUGUUCCCAGAAUCUUCUUCCUCAUUUCUUUGUUGAAGUUAGUCCUUCGUAUCAAUUUUUUCUUGGAACUGAAGAACAACGCGAAUCUUUUUGGACAGAUUCCCACAGACGGCGCCAGUGUUGAGUUUAAUCCAACACGAUAUAGUAAAUAUAUGUAUGAACACUCAGUUUUUACGUGGAAACCCGAAAGGGAGAAAACCACAGGACUUUUUAGGCUAAUGUCCAAGCCCUCUCUUUCUCGUUAGGACUCUCCUCACCAUUACAAAGUACAUUUUGAGCUCCAUUUAUGGAGUAUUGAGCUAGCUAGAGAGAAAGAAGGAAGAAGAAGAUAAAAGAGGAUCCUUUUACAUGGAGGGAAACCUCCUAUUUAUAGGGAAUAGGGGGAAAGGAGGCUCUCCACCCUAACGGGCCGAAUGGGCCAAAAUGGGCCCAAAGGCCGAAACAGGCCUGAAAGGCUAAAAUGGGCCUUACUGAUUGGGCUCCGUACUACGUAAAGUCUUGGGCUCCUGAACAGUAAUAGGCCGGGAUAAUAUAUCCCAACACAAGUUUAAUGAGAACACAUGAUAACAUGUAGAAGUUUAGUUUGAGGGAAAAUGAUGCAAGUUUUUUACUUGAAUUUGUGAUAAUUGGGCCUCUAGAGUGGCAUGAUGAAGCAACCUUUUAUUAUUUCAACCUAAUAAAAUCCAAUUUUGUAUUAUGUAACACGUUAGACAUUGUUAACUAAAUGCAUUUUAUUCUUUCGCUUUCGACCUUGAUUUACAAAGCUUAAGAUUAGAAGAGUUGAAGAUGCAAUUUUUUUUACUUUAAUCCAUACUCAUUUGUCAUUUCUUUCUUUCUUUUAGGUAUAGUUCUUUUUCCUUAGUAUCUUCUAUCCCUUGAGCCAAGACUUUAAACCAUAAUUGUAGAUGGGGUGUUCAUUGAGAAGAGAAAAAUCACUAAAUCCAUAUUAAAACAAAUCCAACAUGGAUCUACAUUAGUUGUCAACUUUGAGCAAAGUCUCAUAUUGAGUCACCACAUGGUUCCACAUCAUUUCUUUAUUUAAUUGAGUUUUUUCGCCAUUCAUUUGAGUCAUCAUAUAUAGGAGCUUUAUGCAACAGAAACAAAAUAUCAUGUUCACAUUAUUGUGUUCUCUAGAACUUUCUGGAGAUAGGUUUUUCUUUCCUUGAUGCAUUUCUUUCAUUACCUGGGGAACAUAAUAGCAAAAUUGUGACCAAAUUUGCAUUAUGCUCCUUAUUGUGGUUCAUAUAUACAUUAUAGAUGUGUAACGUUUGUGACUAUCUUAUAAAGAUGUUUUUUUUUCAUUGUUGGGAUUGCAGGUGCUAAUGUGCACAAUGAAAUUUUACUAUCAAGCUAUUUCUGGAACUGCAAAAUAUGCAUGAAUUAUCAACUGUAAUAGCUGUGGGUGGGACUCUAGGCACAUCGGCACAUGCUUAAUUGGUGUCUCUUUUCUAAAUAAAAAACUUAUAAUCAUGUUAUGUCUGGGGCAAGUCAUAGUCAAGUUAGGCUUAGUUUUGAUCGAUCGGGUGUUGAUGGGAGGAGGCAAGCCACACACUCAUUCAUUGUUGCAACUAGAUAUUAUAUAGGGAUUAGAAAAUUUAUAUAGAGUUCUAUCUACUAUUGUGGAUGACUAGAUUUGAUUGGAAAUUAUGUUGAGAUGUUACAAAGGUUGAUACCCGCUUCAGCUCAAGAAUGUGUAUUUCAAAUAUUCUUGCCAAUGGAAAUAAUCUAUGUACGCUUUCAUAAGCCUUUGAGCUACUUGAUGGCUUUGUAAGUAAUUUGUUAGUUUGUUAUCCCGUGCAACGCACGGGUAAAAGACUAGUUAUUAUUAUUAAUUGGGACGGAGGUAAAGUUUAUUAUUAUAAUUAUAAUUAUUACUAGGAUUUCUGUUAGUAUUAUUAUUAUAACUAAACGUGAAUAUGACUUAUAUAAGUAAACGUAAAUAUGUACGCAUAACGAAGCAUGCUUGUGGUGCAGUGGUGAACAAAAAGAAAUGGUAGAAGAGUGGGUGUGGGUUCAAUUCCCGCAGGCGUUAUUAUUUUCUCCAAAUGGAGUAAUAUUUUAUACUCUGUAGUCUGUAUGAUUUAGUAUAGCCGUAUAGGUGAUGAGUUGAUGACAUGGAUUUCUGAUAUGAUGGGAACAUGACGUGGAAAUGGAAUUUAACUUGGAUGCUGACCUGGUGUGAUGACUGUGCAAAAAUAUCCUUGUUUGAGAAAUAAGUUUA